UAACAGCAAAGGAGAACAAAGUAUGUAAGAACGUUAUAAUUUACGUAAUAUGAAACUACAAAUUCAGGACAAGGUUCGGAAACCGCCGACACCCCGCUCACCACACAACCUGAUACCGAUCCGAUAUUCGUCAUCAGAUAUAUUGCAGCGAAAACGGUACUCACAAGUCUCUAGUUUUGUUCUAUAAGUUUUGGCGUACUCUAACAUCCAGGCCAUAAAAUGAAAAAAAAAAAAACAUAAUUCGUAUAUUCUGGCACACCCAGCUUGUCAGUAGAAAAAGGCGCAAAACUCUUUUUUUUGGGAGACAACCCUCCGAGCCUAUUUUUUUUAAAUUGCCGCCUUUUUUCUACAGACAAACUGGGAGUGUCAGAGUAUAGUCAAAAUAGGUACACUGAAACGUCAAAACGAUUGGUAAGACAUGCAAUAACUGACAUCACAAUGAAUCCAAAUACUACUUUAAAUGAGUUUUUGCAAAAAAUAUAUAUAUAGGCAGCGCAAGCACGUGAUUUGAAUUUUAGUUUUUUUUUUUUAAUUGACUUCAUGUUAUGCAUAAAAGUAAGCGUCAGGCCAAACUAACUCUGGAUAAUAUUUGCAGUGACAUAGUGUAGCAAUGUCAUCGUUUGAUGACCAAUGUCAUGAUGACACUCCUUCAUUUUAUUCAGUUCAAUUGAGCGUGCCUAUUGGGAUCAUCUGUCGCGUGACAGUUUUCAUGAAGAUCUAACCGUCGAGAUCCACGUGAUAUUUGUCUAAUCGACCUUCUCACGUAGGAUUCCAUGGCAUGCAUUAACUAAAUGAAAUAAAUAUUGUUCCAUGGAAUGCAGAACAUUCAUUCAUUCAUUUAUUUAUUGACAAAAUGAUGCAAUACAUUUUUCAUGUCAAUGCUUAUAUUAUAUUAACAAUGGAUUGGAGGGUAGGUGCAGAAAAACAUAAACAACACCUCUGCAUAUUUAAUUUAUUUUUAAUAACAUAAAGUGUCUAAUUAAUUCUUAUUUAAUUGGUAUUUAAUGAUACCAGCAGUUCUUCUUAAUCUCCAUUAAAUAAAAGUAAGGAAAAAUCAAAUCACUUGCUCAACACAAAACAUAACCUCUAACUAUCACAAUGGAGUCCAUUAAACAAUCUAUGGCUGAGAUGGCUGAAGACUUUAAGAAACGGAUGGCAGCCUUCCAGAGUGAAAUAGAUAAGGCAGCUCCUUCCAGUCCCACCAUCGCCUCAGUGUCAGCUGACUUCAGUGCCUUCAAAAAGUUCAUCCUGAGUUCCCUGGAGGCUUUGCAGAAGCAAGUAAAUUUUCUUGGACAGCAGUUGGAUCAGCAAGAGAUGCGUUCAAGGCGGAAAAUGUUGCUGUUGCAUGGCGUGCCCGAGUCUGAGAAUGAUUCUCUGGCAAGCACCGUGGAGCUUCUGAACAGACAUCUCGAGAGCAAGCUGGCAGUGGAUGAUGUAAGCCGCUGUCAUCGAGUUGGUAGGCCACACAAUAACAAAUCCAGAUGCAUACUAAUGAAGUUCGCCGAUGUUUCUGUGCGGAACUCUGUCUGGUUCGCUAAGAAGUGCCUUAAGGGCUCCGGUGUCACAAUGUCUGAGUUCCUAACGGCGCCGCGUCAUGCUGUCUUUAUGGCUGCCCGUGAGCGCCUGGGAAUACGGAGAUGCUGGACCCGCGACGGCAACGUGUACGUCCUUGAUGCGGCCGGUAAGCGAUGCUGCGUUACCACUGUGGCGGAUGUGGAGCAGUUCCCGGCGGCGACAUCAGACCCUCAGGAGGCUUCUACUGGUGGCAUCGGAGCAGUCCAACCACCCACAGUUAGGGCCAAGAGGACUCAAAGAUCGCGCUUUUAAUCUGAGCUUCACUAAGAUUCAUUUAUGGUUUUGCUUCCGAUCUUUCUUGUAAACAGCCUAACCACUUAUUUCGGUAGGAUUAUAACUCGCCUUCAAUUUUUUUUUCUAUACCCAUUUUGUAUUCGUUGUUUUGACCUCUUACUUUUUUUAUUGUUAUUAAUGUUAUUGUGGGUGGACUGUGAAUUUUAUAAUAUAAUACAAUGAGUUUGUGAUUUUCGACGUGUACUGCAGGGCUAAGAUGGACGGCUGUCUAUCAUUUGUAACCAUACCUGUCAUGUUCUAACAAAUAUGUAAGUGCGAAAGUGACGCAUAAUAUGACAAGUGACAAAAACACGACCAUGAUACCGCUGCUGAGCGACAUGACAUGACAGCUGUCCAUAUUUUUCUUUUUCUUCAUGUUAAUGUUGCCAUUCUGAUGCCGCGUUCCGUUUCGCGAAGUGUAAAUGUCAAAUACGAAUAUUUACUUGGAUAGUUAUUUUUCCUCUUGAUAAUCCCGGACCUUUGGGAGGCAUGCGUGGGGCCGAAGCCAACAGCGCAGAGGCCCUUUAAGACAAAUUAAUCUAAAAGCAAGGGAUACACGUGGCGGAUACCAUCCCCGUGCGCACAACAUGAUACAUCCGGAGAUGGUCCCCGCCAGGUGCAAAGACUAUUGCAGUGCAGCACUUUUGCGCUGCGAUGGGAUCUAAGGUCAUAAGGCUAUUGAUUUGAAAGUUGGAUGGACUGGAUAAUGGGCUAUGGGAGGAGACUAACGGAGCAUAGGUCCCGCUCUUGCGAUUCCACUCUGGCCGGCCGGUGAAGGCAAGCGCAGAGGCGAGGGCCAAAUAAAAGGACCCUCUGGAAUAGGGGUCCGCGGUGUCGCCACUCACCGUCAGCUCGCCACAAGCUGCCCCCGCGGGUUUAUUAUUAUUAUUUCCUUUAUUUAUCUUUUUUUCUCAGAUUAGGCUUUUUACAAUAUGUAUAUAAAAGUAAAAUAUAUAAACACUUACAAAACAAUACAAAAGAUAUAAACACAUUAUAAAAAACCUAACCUAGGGUGCCGCCAGCAGCGGGGCAGGGCCCAAGCUGCCGGUGGUCAGGGCUGCAGGGAGAGGAAUCGCCGGACUAUCCGCGCCGUGUCCAAGAUCACCGCCUUCUGCAUCUUAUUAUUAUUAUUAUUAAUAUCUGGGAGGUGGGUGCGGUCUCCCAGACCACGUGCGAAUUUCCUAUUUUUCGCACUUGUAUCGUAAAUAACUAUUAUAGUUAACUACAGCGUAUCGAAAUGAAUCUUAUAGUUGAGUCUUAAUUCAACCAUUACAGUCGACGAGUAAAAAAAAUAAUAUUAGGUAUAUAUUUACAAUUGACAUCAAGUGCGUAUGUACUCGCAGUUUCAUAAUAAAUGCGUUCCGUGAAUUGGCAGUGGCAUCGGCACUGAACUUGAACUUAUUUAUACGAUAACGCAAUCGCUGCGCAAGGCCGAUUAUGAAGGCGGGCUAUUCGAGUGUUUGUCACUUUUAUCUAAAUCUUUAUACAAAGAAAUACAUACAUACAUAAUUAAUAGAAUCAGGCGUUACUUUGCGGAAAUCAAUGCUAAUUAAAACAAGAAAUAUUACUUUGCUAAUCCGCGAGAAAAUAACGUGUUAGUCAAUCAGUGCUAACCCGUUAUACUUGCGUAUUUUUACAUGCAAUUAAUGUUCCCACCCUCCCACCGCAAAAAUAAAUACGCAAAUAAAUA